GAAUUAUCUCAUUUGUCCCCAAUUCCACUCCACUACCUCCACCCUCCUCCCUCGCGGAUUACCUUCUUCGACUCAGGAUCAAGUUCCCGCUAUCCUGGCUCAGUCUAUCUCAUUGCCCCAUUUUCUGAACCAUGGCCAUGGCUACUGCCUAUCAUCAAUCUACAAUGCUGUGCUCCAUAGGAGUACGAAAUCUUUGCAUAAAUCCACUCUCCCUGCCUUCUUCAAAUAUGGUGUCAUUUCCUGGUGGUUGUUGUAGUCAGAAGGGUAGGAUGGUCAUGAUACGUGAAGCCAGAUCAAAGAAGAACGAUAGGAUGCGCGUAAAUAUUGAAGCCAAAUUGGGAAAGGCCACUAAGAAGCCAUCCGCAUAUGACGAAAGGAAAUGGUCAAAUUACGGUUUGAUUACCGAAUCACUUCCCAAUGGCAUGUUCCGGAUUGGUUUAGUUCAGUUGGUCGAUAAUAAGUUUGUUCGAGUCAAUGAUGAUGUGAUGCUAGGUUAUGUAUCUGGAAGAAUACGUCAAAAUAAAAUCAAAGUAGUUCCUGGGGAUAUAGUCGAAAUUGAGAUUAGUUCUUAUGAUACUUCCAAAGGACGGAUUAUCUAUAGGCUUGGCAGGAGGGACAUCGAGAAAUUGACUGGUCUCGGUCCCAAGGACGAUUUCGAUGAUUAGUUCUCAAUACAUGAUUUUGUUAAAUGUGUACAUCCUGGCAGGGGGAGUCUUCCUAUGUUGCUUCUUACAUUGAAACAACCCUCAAACGGUAUUUUUUGUAAUUGUGCUGAGAGCGUAUUGAAGUAUAUUGUAGGAAUGAAUUUGUUGAAACAGCUGCCGAACUAUUUUUAGUACAUCCAGUUCUGUGAAAGUAACGUGUAUUCUAUUCUUCUAGUUACAUCCUGUUGUUUUGUUCUAACUAUUGAUUUGUAAAUUGUGAUUGAUCCUCCAGUUUCUUGUUAGUAAUCCAUAUUGGAUGAUCAAAUUCGUUAGAAAGUCUUCUUCCA